UCAGAUUGAAAAUCAGAGAUAGAAAGCUAACGUGUUCAUAAAUUCAUCGUAGAAAUCUUUUACUAGUUUCUCCAAACGUAAUGUCGUUUAAUAUUGAGCCUUGCUUUAUUGCUAUCCUGUUGUAUUCUACCUACCCAGUUUAUAAGAGUACACCAGAAUGUCAAUUCGGUCGGUAUGUUUCUAACGAAGAAGGAAAACUUAAUGUAUUCCCCAUCAACUUUUACCACGACAUCGGACCAAACGAUUGUUAUGAGAAAUGCCAAGCUCAAGGUGAUUGUCUAUCUGUAAAUUAUCAUCAGAAAAAUAACUAUUGUGAGUUACUUAAUCAGAAGAAAACUGAGGAUACGCCUUUUGAAUCCAACUCCAAUUUUGUUCACGUCGAACUGGAAGCAAUAGCUGAUCGAAGAGAUAAAAAAUGUGGUCUCAGCUCUUGUAAUCAUUACUCCACCUGCAUUUCUACACUUUUCCAAAACAGCGUCUGCAUUGAAACAGAAUGUUCAGAACCCUACCCUACUUUAAGCAAUGGACACUUGAGUGUGCGGACGUUUUCACCAAUAACUGCUACCUAUGUCUGUAACAGUGGAUACACAGGAGUAGGGCCAGUAAACAAGAUUACCUGUCCACCUGGAGGAACCUGGUCGGCCAUGAGCUACACAUGUUUCCCUCCAGUUCAUGGUGGCUGGGGUGGAUGGAGUGCCUGGGAAACGUGUCCGGUCACGUGUGGAGGGGGAUAUCAUUCCCGUCAACGGUCGUGCAAUAACCCCUCACCAAAUUACGGCGGAAAUAAUUGCGGGGGAUUAUCAAACGAAACCGUGGCCUGUAACACUGACGGCUGUCCAAUUGACGGUGGAUGGAGUUUGUGGAGUCAAUGGGCCGAGUGCACGUGUCUUAAUCCCGUCCAUGCUACCAGAAGCAGAAGUUGUAACAACCCUACCCCGAUGUACGGAGGCUUACAGUGUGCAGGAGACAGUACCGAAAAUAAAGGCUGCUUUAUAAGCGGUUGUAUCCCAGGCUGACAGCGUCUAUAAACUGCACCUUGUUCUGAUGUAUAUUGUUUUGGAUUUGUUGAGACGACUGAUAAUAUCAACUUUGGUUCCAACUACAUGUACAUGGCGUUAAAAAAUAAUUUUCCAAUCGUUUAAAGAUUUAUGUUUUACAAUUUUGAUUAUCAGUUCGUUAUCUCAUUGU